AUGUCGCAACUCAUCAACAAGCCACUCCUUGGCCCCCUCGUUGCCCUCAACGGUUGGGUUUUCGCUAUAGAAGCCCUGCUAUAUAAACGCAGAAUUCCUGCGCUUUCCAAGUAUGGCGUCACUUUCGAUCCAGCUACUGUUAAGCAACAAAAGGCAGAGAAAUUGCCUCCUUUUGUCAAUUGGGCGGCAGAUAAUUUCAACAAUUUACAAGAGCAACCUACCCAAUUCUAUGCUAUUGUGCUUGGGUUAAGCUUGUUAGAUAUUAAGGAUAAGAAUACUGUUCGCUUGGCAUGGGCUUAUGUUGGUCUACGAGUUCUUCACAGCUUGAUUCAUGUAUCAACUAAUAAUCCCGGUAUCCGUUUCCCGGUUUUUGCCGCGAGCUCGUUUGCGCUUUUGGGGAUGACAGCUAAGGCGGCUUGGGAAAUUUUCUUUUAG